AUGGCUGACAAUUUCUUUUUGCAGAAAUCUUACCCCCGGGUAAAAGACUUUAAUGUGGACCUAUCACAAAUCAAAUCUCCGACAAAACAGCAGCCCAGUGACUUAAUCUUCAUUGGUUCUGAUUUCUUCGAUGAUCAUCAAUGUUCUUUGAAAGGCUUACCUGCUCGAGAAAACUCUUGGUUUGCGCUGAUCGAUUUAAGGAACGAUUGCUCUUCUCUCGAUGCCAUCUUGGGUGUCCUUAAGUCGGCGCGAUUGAUCAAUGGGACUCUAUUGAGAGGGAUUCUGUUUUAUGUUGAUGAGAUUCCUAGUGCUCCGAGCCUCAAUAACCUUGGCAACAGAUCUGAGCUGCACUCGGCUCCUCUAUAUGCACUCCUGUUGCCUCGGGAGGCCGUGCCUCUAUCGGUACGACGAUGCUCCGAUACACCCAACACAACCACCGCAUGUACAGUUGCAAUCUCCACCUCCCCCGAGGGCACAUCACCACGAUCGCGCUUCUGGAUCCACCGAUCACCAUCAUCUCCCCCACCCUCUCCUUCUUCAACCCCAUCUUUUCCACGCCACCGCGUCAACGCCUCUCCACCAGAUCAUUAUAGUAACCAGUCAUCCUCUGAUGGAACUGUCGGUAGUACCAGUGGAAAUGGGGUUAGCAGUGGGAGCGGAGGAGUGGUAAAUAUGGAGGACGCCUUCCUUAAUCGCUCCUCUGUCCUCUUUGUUGCCGUCUCCUUCAUCCUCCUCAUGUUCAUCUCCCUCGCUUGGCUUGUCUUCUACUACGUUCAGCGGUUCCGCUACCUCCACAGCAAGGAGCGCGCCUCGCGUCGCCUGGCCGAAUUGGCUCGCAAGGCCGUGGCGCGGAUCCCGUUAAAGUUGCUACAGGCUGGUGAUAAGGAGAUCGGUGCUAACGGAGAACACUGCGCUAUUUGCAUUGAGCCCUAUCGACCCUUCGAUAACAUCCGAAUUCUUCCUUGCAGGCAAGUAAUAUGGUUCAUUCUAUAUCCCCUACUUUUUAUCCUCCAACUCGUCCAGGUUGUCCCGCCUUCGAUGGCUUGGCGCUCCUUGUUAUAG